AUGGCCCUAGCGAAAGUGAAAAGGAAAGGUGAUGAUUAUGACAUUCCAAAUGAAGUAGAUGGCAUUCAUUUGAUCAAUGAAAGUCGGGUGGAACCUUAUUAUGGUUGCGAAGCUGGUCCGAGCAAUCAAGAAGCAACCAACAUUAAUGUUGAAGAUGGCGGAACCGAUGUGAAACAAGAAAUGGUUGACGAUGCUCAUUGGAAUGACAUGGUUAGUGAUGUUGAACAUGCUCUUCUGGAACAAAAAUUUGAUUCGGUCGAAGAUGGAGAAGCUUUCUACAAUGCGUAUGCUAAAGCCAAGGGAUUUAGUAUACGAAAAUCCAGAUUUAACACAAAUAAACAGGGAAAGGUUGUUAGUAGGCUAUGGUUAUGUUCAAGGAAAGGUCAGAGAUUACCAAACUACUUGGACCGUGUUGCUGAGAAGAGUAAAGCUCCCAAGGCACUAACAAGAGUAGGUUGCAAAGCCCAAUUUCGCAGACAGUACGAUCCAGAUGCUGGUGAAGGGGGAAAGUAUGUUGUGACUCACUUCGUCGCAAACCAUAACCAUGAAUUGGCAGAACAACACUAUGUGAUGUAUCUGAGGUCACAUCGCGGUUUAAACAGCGCUGACAAAGCUCAAGCAAUGGUUACGCACAAUGUCGGUGUGAAGACGAGCCAAAUCAUGGACUAUAUGGUAAAUCAAUCCGAGUCUUAUGAGAAUGAUAACAAGUUACAAAAUCCAUUCUGGGCAGAUUCGAAAUCGCGAGCUGGCUACGCAAAGUUUGGUGAUGUGUUGAUAUUUGACUCAACUUAUAGAACCAAUGCGUACACGAAACCUUUUGUCAUGUUGGCUGGUGUGACUAACCACUUCACGACCAUGAUAUUUGCAUGCGUUUUGCUAGCUAAUGAGACAAUUGAUACAUACACAUGGGUUUUGGAAACAUUUAUAGAGGCGAUGGGCAAUAAAGCACCUGUGUCCGUACUGAUAGAUGGGGAUAAGGCGAUGCGAGAGGCAAUCAGAAGAGUAUUUCCUGACGCAAGACAUCGAUUAUGUAAUUGGCAUCUUGGGAAAAAUGUUGUUUCAAAUGUUCACAAAAGUGGCUUUGCACAUGCUUUCAAGCAGUGCAUGGACAUGGAAACGGAUGAGGCAAAGUUUGAGGAUGGCUGGACGAGAAUGGUCGAAAAAUUGGACUUCAAACCAAUAGCUGGGCACUAUGAUCGGGCUCUUACAAGGAUAAGGUAUAACGAGGCUAGAGAUGAUGCUGAAACAAAUAACACUUUUCCGCCUGUGGGCCAAUAUGGUAGUGUCGAAGCAACAGUGUGCAAAAAUGAUUUGACUACAAUUGAUGAGGUGAAUCAGAUUCCUAUUGCGGGUUGCUUGUUUGUGUUCCAUAGUUGGUUGGAUCUAACUGAAGGGUUUCUUGCUGUGUGGUUUAUCAGCUAA